AUGCGCACGAAGACGGGAGCAUUGAGCAAUAGAGGGUCCAAACUACAGCAGGUGGAUUAUCUGGGAAACCUCAUAUUCAUCCUCAGUAUAAUAUCGCUUUUGAUCGGAUUAUUCAACCUCCCUGGUCGUGGUGGCGCAUCAUCCUGCCACUCGCCCUUGGUGCCAUGGGUUGAAUCAUUUUCCAUAUUCAGCAAACCUUCACGAGAAAUCCCAGCGUACCUGGCCGCAAACGAAAUCUCAUAUUCUCUUCCCAUUUAUUUCCAAGCCGUCCGUGGAACCACAGUGCUCCGCUCCGGCAUCUGCUUUCUCCCGUUUGCCGUCUUCGCUGUUAUCGCCGGAACCGUGCUCAGCAAAUUUGGUCAGUACCGUCCCAUUCACGCCACUGCCUUUGCUCUUUCCGCCAUCGGGUUUGGCAUACUUAUUCUCGAUAAUCGCAACACCCGGUGGCCACGGUCGCUUGGGUCUUCUUCAAGCUGA